CGAGACAGAUGCAGAGUGUGAAUUAGAGACUGCUCAAGCCAAACGGGACCAGAAGCACCAUGGCCUGCGCUGAUGUUGAUAUGGACAUCCAUGAUGAGGAUGAUCGGCACAGAGGUGGACAGAGGGAGCAGCCAGUAGUGCGUUAUUAUCAGGCCUCUGAGAUGAUACCAGACAAGAAAGGGCCACUGCACGAUCUGAUGCAGAAACAUCCAGCUGUGUUGGGGUCUUUGCAGAUGGUGAGUGGCCUCCUCAGCAUCGGAGUGGGAAUAGUUUUUGCAGCAACCCAGGAGAUCCAUGAGUCGCUUUUCUCUCUGUUUAGAGUUUCCCAACUGAGCGGCUCGCUGUUCAUAAUCGCUGGAAUUGUUUCCAACCUGUUGUUCAAAUACCCAGCAUUGCUUGGCGUGUGCCUCACAGUAAAUGGCGGCUGCAUUAUUGUGGCCUUUCUUGCAGUUCUUCUGAUAAGCGUCGACCUGGCCAAGUGGGAUCCACAAAAUGAAGAUCAUCUGAGGCAGAUGGAGAUACUGGAGCUUUGUGUACUGGGGCUUGAAGUUUUCCUCUCCGCAGUCCUCUGCUUCUGGUUCUCCAAAGAGAAACGUGCGAAAAACAAAUAAUCAAACUGAUGAAAU